CCAAACAAAAGAAUGUAAAAGUAAUACGUUGUUAGUGGUGGAUAGAUGAAAUACAAACAUCAACAUGGAGAAUUUAGAACCGUUUGUAAGUCGGAAUGACCUAGAUUUAUAUAAUAUUUUAUUUAAACAUAUUCUUCCUUUACCGGUGAUGUACGGUACACAUCCAGCUGACAGAGCGAUGUGGAACACGAACCGUUACUACAGAGCCGAAACUGACAAAAACUAUCCGGAAAUAGCCGAGUUUUUGUGGGCUGGUAGUAAGCAUGAAGGACUAUUUGUGCCUAUAUCAGAAAAUAAGCCUAACAGUUUUGUGUAUCUGAUGUCUGACAUUGACCUUAUCACUGUUUUGAAUGGCUUCAUUGCAGACGACAGGAUCCAUCCAUCCACUCAGCCACCACACAUUGAAAUGUUAAAUAUCAGAUCUGCGUCACAUGCCGGAUAUAUAAGACUUUCUUCUAAAGCAAAUGAAAUAUUCAGCAUGAGGUAUGACAGUGAUUGCUCCGGGGCUGUUCAUUUUAUUCGAAAUAAUACUAUUUCAGGCAGAAAAAUAUUACCUAUGGAAGAAAUUAUUCAUAAAAAAAUAUGUCCACUAAUUUCUUACACUGAAAAGUUUGUACAUGGUCCUGCUUUGUGCUACAGAGUCAAAACGGAACAUCUAUCGGGAGACACGAAGAAAGGUGUGUCGUCAGGUUCUGAUAUUGAUGUUGUGCUUGCCCUCAAGAUGAGCUCUUGGCCUCUAACAGCGAAAGAGUGGGUUGACAGGCGUAGAAACAGCAGAUGGCCGUCAAAAGAGUUAAUUGAACACAUUAUUAAAUCUGACAUGUAUAUAGUUUCUGUUGGACAUCCAGAUAGCGACGAAUCUGAAAAUGAAUGGAGGUAUUCAUUUACUAUGCCAGAGAAAUGUCUCGGACAGAGUCUCGGUGUGUUUCAAAGAGCUUGCUAUUGUUUAGCAAAGAUAUUAUUGAAAUCUGCAAUUCCAAACAGCGAAGGCAUUUCUUCUUAUUUCUUGAAAACAUUGCUAUUCUGGGUUUGCGAGGAAAUACCAGAAGAAGAAUGGAAAACAGAUAAAAUGGGAUAUUUUGUGAUGUUGUUGAUCUAUCGUUUGAAAUGUUGUCUGCAGAAAAAAGAAUUACGACAUUAUUUCAUACCGGAAAACAAUAUGAUGGAUCAUAUUCAGCCAAAAAUACUAACCGAUGCCAUCAAACAACUUUCAGUCUUGCUCGAAGAUCCUUUAUCCCUCUUAUUCAGAUUUACAGAACAAACUAAAUACUAUGGAUUUUACAUACAUCCUCCGAAUGAAAUGUAUCAGCCACUUAUAUCUCUAUUCAAAGAAAGAUAUUGCGCAGUUCAGGUAGAGGUGCUUAAUCCAGUUUUAAACGGUUUGUUGUGGGAAUUUGUGCGACAUUAUUGUUCGUGGUUAAAGAAAGACAUCGCUCCACCAGGUGAUAGUAUUACUCGUCCAUUUGCAGAGAUGAAAUUUAGACUUUUAUUAAACACAGCAAAGGAUAUUCAAGAAACCGAGAUUUCUAAACCUUUUGAUGAAAUCAUCGAGUUUAUCGCAAAAGAAAUACGAAAUUACAACGUUGGCAAUGCCACUGAAUUUAAAUGUUUCGCAAAAAGCAACGCAAAGAUUUUCUAAAUCUACAAAAAUUAAUGUAGUUAUUAUUAGGUUAUUGAAGACAUCUUUUGCUUAUUUUUUCAAUUGAAAAUAGUUUUAAAUUUACUCACAUUAUUUUUGUUCCUAGUCGUUUAUAAAACAUUUGCAUUUAAGAGAAUCUGAUAAAUAUUCAAAAUAAACAGCUGAUGUCAUUUUAAACAAUGGAUUUAAACUAAUGGCGACAGUGAUAAUUUCUAUUUACAUGUACUUAUAGUGUGGGUUAGGGUUAGCGAAAAUAUAGAAACUUUUAGAGUCAUUUAUUUCAUUUUAUUUACCUUUCAUACAAUUGUUUUGUUCUCUUUCAUGUCAGUUAUUUCUAUCUUAAACGAUUUUACCUACAUGUAUGUGCUUAUUGACAAAGCACGCUAAAGUGCACGCAAUGGUGUAACAGGAAUGGGGUUCAGGCAAUGGUUUUCGUUUGUUUCUGUGUUCCUACUAUUGUAGUUUUUCAUUUAUUAUUAUGUUUAUUAAUCAAGCCGUUGCCUUUCUCUUCUUAUUUGGUUUACACUGGACAUUGUGUGGCCCUAUGUAUAUAUAAUAUAUAGAUUGCUAUGCGGCGUAGGCUAAGGCUCCACUUUAAAGGCCGUAGUUAUUAGUUGCAUAUAUCAACGACAUUUGUACUUUAUAAUCCGUUUGUCGUUGUCCAUUGUCUAAAUACUUUAACAAUCAAUUUAUUAUCUUAAUAUUUAGGGUGCUUUUGUAUUUUAUGGUUUGUAGCUAAUGAUUUAAUGUUGCACGUAGUAGAUAUUUCAAAUUAGAUUUAGUGAGAGUUUUAGUUGGAAACCCGACAAACUAAGACAUGGACGUUGAAUUUAUAUGCAUACGGAAAUUCGUAGUGAAUAAAACAUUUAUACUGGACUUUGCCGUAUAUUUACAUGUAUAAUUUAUACUGCGUUUAACAUUAAUUGUGAUUGUAUUUGAAAUUGAAUUAAUAUAACAUUUGGUAUCUGAA